CUGGACUCUGAAUCCAGCGAUCCGAGUUCAAAUCUCGGUGGAACCUGACUUUUUCUUAAUGUUUCUGCUUGCAAACAUGUGGACCAAACCCAAAUGUAAAUUAACAUGUAUCUCACUAGCACACACACAGCUUUAAUACUACUAACAAACCUCGACGUUUGGUGUGGAAUAUACCAGCACACAUACAUGUGCUACCGUCACGAGACGCAGCAACAGCUACACGACGUUCUUUCGACCGUCGUGAAGACGUCACUCCAACAUGGCGGCCUCCAUUGCGCGACGUUCCUAUGUGUUUUGUCGUUGUGUAGGAAUAAACGUGAUUAGGCAGCAUGUAACAUUACGGAAUGUUGUACUGAGGCACACUAACAACACUUUUCAGUCGAGUGUUAGUUACGGGACCCGAGAGGCAGCCGGCACACAGGAAACCCAAGUUCACAUUCCAGUAGAACGUUUGACGGUAUCUUACAGCAGAAGCAGCGGUCCUGGGGGUCAGCAUGUCAACAAAGUCAGCACAAAAGCAGAAGUCCGAUUCCAUGUGCAAACAGCAGAAUGGAUCCCAGAAGAUGUUCGGAAAAAAAUCCUUGAAAAGAACAAAACCCGAAUCACUAAGGCCGGGGAACUGCUGGUGACCUCAGAGCUGAGUAGGAGUCAGCAGAGAAACCUUUCUGACUGCAUACAGAAGAUCUCUGCUAUCAUAGCAGAAGCCAGUGAGAAGCCCCAUGAGCCAACAGCUGAAGACAUCGCUCUUAGGGCAGCAAGGUUGGAAAAGAGGAACAAGGAGCGCCUCAGAAAGAAGAAGAUUCAUUCAGCUACCAAGCAGAACAGACGUGUGGAUUUUGACUAAGUGGAUGACUGUUAUACUUCUCCCUCCUGCGAUUUAGUGGCUAUAAUAAUCAAUCCUGUGAUUUUAUACUUAUACUAUUUAUUAAGUGGUUGAUGUACAUAUUGGGUUUUUGUUGUUGUUUUUGUUGUUGUUUGUAAAAUAAACACUGAAAGCGUUUCAUAAUAAACACCAACAAUGUUUUAA